AUGUCUACCCAGCUCGCCACUAGUAUGGAAAUUAUUCGAAAAAGUCUGAGAAAGGCUGCUGAGGAUGUUCUUCAUAUCAAUUCAAAAAAUGCUAUUUCAAAUGAAGUAGAUUCUGAAGAAUUCAAAGAAACAUUGAUGAAAGAUGCAAUGAAGUUGAUGGAAUUGGAGACUGAAGGUGCUCAAAUGCAACACAUUUUUGAAGCGUUGCAUAAUGACCUGAAAGAUGGUUCAGACGAGGUUCCGAAUGAAAAAGCAUUGGAGGAGUUAUACGAGAAGGCGAAAAAAACCCAUAAAAAUGUGAAAGGCGAGCGACAGUACUUCAAAGACAUUAUCAAAUCUAUAAGGGAUGAAAGUAAAAACGAUGAAAAUGAAAUGGAAGUGAUGCAAGUUCAACAUAGUAGAAAGGAUCCAAUUUCGAAGAAAGAUAUUGUCAAUCCAGUUAUCAGUAAGAACUGUGGACACGUCUACGAUAGGGAUUCAAUUCAUGAGUUUGCUGGCAAAAAGCGAGUUAUCAAGUGUGCAAUGCAAGGAUGCUCUGAAACUAUCAACAUCGGCCAACUCGCCGAUUAUCCCGAUUACUGGACGAAUAUUAAACAGCAACAAUAAAUUAUUUGAUGACUAAUUUUAGUCAUCUCUUAAUCAUUUCAUAUUGAUCUCUUACUCUAUUUCAUUUUCACUUCACUUCUCAAUACCUCUUCCUGCAUUUCACUUCUUUUUUUCUCAUUUUGUUUCAUAAAAAUUCGAUACGUUC